GAGUUAAAAAAAAAAGUGCGAUGCGCAGCACACACUUGAUGUUAUUUUAUAUAUCUGACUUACAUGGUUGAAUUGUGUACAUAUAUAUGAUUAGGAUAUUCUAUAUGAUAUAUUUGUGUAUUUAUAUACACUUACAUAUCACUACAUAACACUAUACAGCAUAACACAAAUGUGUAGUAAAUGGUCUUUAGAGCAAACGUUUUCUUCUCUCACGUAAUAACCAACAAAAACGUUUUGACGGACUCCUCGUGGCAAGUUUAUCAAAUUUUAAAUACCUUUAUAAAAUUAUUAUUUACAGUAAUAUUAAGUGGUUAUAUAUGAAAAAUAAAGCAAAGUAUUAGUUAUGGUCUCGGUGAUGCAGCCGUUUAUGGAUAUUGAAAGCUCUCGAAGUUAUAUCGACGAGUUGUAUUCGCCAGAUCCCCAAAAGUGUCUAGAUGCAUUAAUUUGUCUUAAGAAUUCUGUGAUUGGUAGUAACCGCCAAAAAGGCUCAGUAAUAGCUCAAGGUGUGGUACCCCGUCUUUUACAACUUUUAAGUGAUUAUAAUAAUCAAUCAACAACAACAACAACGACAACAACAACAACAACAACAACAACCGCAGAAGAAAGAAUUCGUUUAGAGGCUGUUGUAACACUUGGAUCAUUAGCAAAAGGUACAGAUCAACAUGUGUUGGCACUAAUAGAUCUUGGAGUAGUCCCUUUAAUUCUUCAAUUACUACUGUCAACUCCAGUUGGGGAAGGUGGUGGUGUUGUUGUUGUUGUUACUGAUUCUUGUUCAAUAAAUAAUAAUAAUAAUAAUAAUAAUAAUAAUAUUAAUAACAAUAAUAAUUAUUCACAAGAUAUAAAAGUUAAAUUGACAGAUUUACUUAUAGAGGCGUGUCUUAGAUGUUUGAGAACUGUCUUCCAACAUUCAAAUGCACCAGUACAAUUGUUAUAUCAAGAUUCAGCAUUAGUAACACGCUUGUUGUCUUUAGCAUCUAGAUCAGUAACUUGUCAAGUAUGUGUUGCAACAAUAUUAACAACAGCAUGUAAAACAGCUGAUGAACAAAAUGCUCUGAUGAAAGGUGGUGCUGUUGAAACAUUAGCAGCUCAAUUAGAUUCACCAUUGGCAGAUGUACAACUUCCGGCUUUGGCUUGUUUAGCCAAUAUGUGUUAUCAAAAUAAUUUAGUUUCUACGGUUGUUGCUAGUACAUCAACAGGUAGUAAAGGUGGAGGAAGAGGAGGAAAAGGAGGAGGAGAUCAAUGUGAUGGACAUCAAAGUAAACUGUUACCAGUACUUCUUGGUCAAUUGAUUGGACGUGAAAAAAGUUCAUUAGUACAACUUGAAGCUGCUAGAUGUGUUGCAUAUAUGCAUCGUGCUGGAGCAUUAUCAGCAACAGAUCCACGUGUUGUUUAUCGUGCAUUACCUUGUUUAGUAAGGCUUUGUCAUCGAGAUAGACCACCACGUGAACGUGUUGCUGCUGCUGAAACUCUUGCAUAUUUAACAGAAGUUGAUACUGAAUUACAACGUUUAGCAUCUAUUAGUAAUCAUCUUAUACCAACUCUUGCUGAAUUAUUAAGACCACAUCCUCAAGUACAAGAUGCAGGAUUAUGUCAAGAUAUGCGUCAAGCUGCUUUUCGCGCAUUUGCAUCAUUAGGUGCUAAUGAUGAAGAUAUACGUAAAAGAAUUAUUGAAACGGAAAAUCUUAUGGAAUUUAUAGUCUCUGGACUACAAGAUCCUGGUGGUCCUAGAGUUCGUCUUGCUGCUGUUAGAUGUCUUCAUUCAUUAUCAAGAAGUGUUCAACAGCUUAGAACAACAUUUCAAGAUCAUGCUGUUUGGCGACCCCUUAUGCAACUACUUCAUGGUGCUGAUAAAGGAUUUGAUAAUCGUGGAGUUGUUGGUGGAUCUUUAAUUAUAGGAACCGUUACUGGAACUGGAACUGGAUUAGGAGGAAGAGAUGGUAGUAAUGGUGGCAAUAGUGGUAAUAGUAGUAGUAAUAAUAAUAGUGGUGGUGAAGAUGAUUUAUUGACUGUUGCUUCAAGUACAUUGUGCAAUUUAUUAUUAGAAUUUAGUCCUAGUAAAGAACCAAUACUUGAAUCUGGUGGUGUUGAAUUAUUAUGUUCAUUAACAAAAAGACCUGAUCCGGCACUUAGACUUAAUGGAAUAUGGGCGCUUAUGAAUGUUGCCUUUCAAGCAGAACAACGUGUUAAAUCACAAAUAUUAUCGUGCCUUGGUACUGAUCAAAUAUUUCGACUGCUUGCUGAUCCUGAACCUGCUGUUUUAAUGAAAACACUUGGUUUAUUAAGAAAUUUACUCUCUACUAAGGCACAUAUUGAUCGCAUAAUGGAUGAACAUGCUGCUCAUGUAAUGCAAGCAGUUAUUCUUGUUCUUGAAGAUCCCGAUCAUUCAGUUGAUGUUAAAGAACAGGCACUAUGUAUUCUUGCAAAUGUUGCUGAUGGUGAUCGUGCUAGAGAACACAUUAUGGCUAAUGAAGAUGUUUUAAAAAAACUUAUGGAUUAUAUGAUGCAUAGCAAUGUAAAACUUAAAGUUGCAGCUAUAUUUUGCGUAUGUAAUUUAGUUUGGAGAGAAGAACCUGGUGCUGCUCAACGUCAGGCACGUUUACGUGAAUUGGGACUUUAUCAGAUUUUACAGCAAUUGCGUUGCACCAAAGAUUCGCAAUUAUUUGAAAAAGUAAAAACGGCAAUGGCCCAAUUUUUUGAUCCCUGAGCUAUUAAAACUUUGCUUAGAAAUCCUUGCCUAUAAUAAUAAUAAUAAUAACAAUAAUAAUUAUAAUAAUAAAUUAUUAUUAUUUACAGGAAUCGGUAUACA